GCACAGGACGCUCUCAACAAGCGAUAUAUUUAUUUUUCUUGGCGCCUUAGUUUCCUUGAAGAAGACAGCUGACGCGGCAGGUCUCGCAGAAAGCAAUCUUUCGACACGCUUGAACAGGCGUCUGUGGGGACCCUUCCACUACUCUAGGCUAGUCACUCGAAUAUAUAUAUAGCAUCGUUCGUAGAAGUUAUUUGUCUCCUAGCGCUGGUGCCUAUCUGGCACUUUGUUUUCUCUCUUUUCCGUAUUUAGCACCCAACACAAAAACACCAUCUCUCUCCGUUCAACGAGGCAGGGCAGAAACUCCACAACGCCAACACAACGUUUCCUUGCCGUCUUGUAGAAAAAUAGCAAAAGCAAAAGCAGGAAAAAUUCCGCUUGAGUAUUAUUAUGGAGAGGAGGGCAGGGCAAAGAGAACACCGCUUUUGCUGCUGCCUUUCUUUUUAGUAGCUUAUUUUUUUUUUAAUCUCUCUCUGUGCACACAACACCUCUUGUGCAUCGCACACGCACGUCGAAGAUGCUCCGUCUCACCGCCCCGUCUUUCAUCGUGCUUCAGAAUCCUACUCUCCCGCGUGUACUGAAGCAGUUCACGCCGGACAGGAUGGAACUCAUGCUGAUCUCUAUCAAGGAGCGAAAGAAGAGGGCCCGCUACCUUGGCAGCUCUUUCCAGCACUACAAUGACCGCUGGACGAUGUUCGGCGCACAGGGGACGGUUCGACGAGGCACUCGAUUUCUGCUCGAGCGCCACCAUACGCGUGCGCAGUUCGUGCACCCUGAGGUACACCGCAACAACGUGGACAUUCGAACGGUGAAAAUGGCGGGGGCGCAAUUCGACCAACUGGGCAACUACACCCGCACCACGUGGGACCACGAGAUUGCCUCGACGAACAUGCUGAACGACCCAACCUUCAAGCAGCUGUUUCGCGACAUGCCGAAGGACCAGGCGCUAUCGAUGAUGGAGGCGUGGGGCGUGCGCUACAUUGUCCUCGACGAAAUCCGCAAGCCGUCGCUGAUGGACUGCAAGUACCACAAGCACUCCAUCUACCCCGACAAGUUCUCGUGGGCACCAGAUCCAGAAACGAACUAUUUCCGUGGUGAUGCUGAGCAGAAGUGGAAAGGCGAUGAGCUGAUUGCGUACGCUGACUACAACGCACACGUUCAGCACCCCGCCAACUUCGAUGACGGUGUGCCCACUGCCAAGAAGGCCGCAGCGAAGCCUAAUCCGUGGUUCAAGGCUACUAUACGCAAGCAUCCGGCGAGCUCUGCCGAGCCGACGGCUACCAAGAACGCAUCUGCAACGGCUGCGAAGUGA